GAUUAGUCGCGCGAUCAUUUGUUAUGAUAUCCGUAGUACCAGUACGAGUACGUACGUAYGUACUCGUACGAGUUCUCACGUUACUGAACCCCAUACCGUAUCAAUCAUCAUCUUCGGUUCCCAUACCGUACGAUAUCCUCCGCCGGAACCCACAAAACACCCAUCGGCCAUAGGCACCCACCCACCCACGACGCCCGCAACGCACCGCGGUUCUUCGCCAUCCGCCCCCCCCUCCCCAUUCCUGUUCCCGGCUCAUGCCAGCGUUUCCUGUUCGCGGGGGCACCGGCGAGAAGGUUGCCACCCUUCUGCGUCUUGCAACCGCCGCGUUCGCCCUAGCCGCCAUCGAUGGCACGUCGGCGUUCGCGGGGAACCGCUUCCGGCUUCCCGGACGCCCCCCGCUGCGUCCCCCCGYGCUCUCGCUGGACAGCGGCGGAGCGGACCCGGCCGCCGGAUACGAGUCCCUCGACCCCGACGCGAGCCCGGGCUCCUUCCACACACCCUCGCUGAGAUCGGCGUACCCACAAGAAACCCCCGCGGGCCUCCGGGGGGAAGCCGUCCGCAGCGCCCUGGUGACCACCGAGCGCUGCAUCGGCUGGAACCUGUCGAGCAACGAGGAAACMUCGAUGGGGGGACUCCUGGAAAUMUCCGGGAGGGGGACCAUUGAGUUCCUCAACGGGAAACUCACGCGGGAUUUUCGACGGUGCGUCGACCACAAGCACAAGAACGCAUACCUAGAAGCGGGCCUGCUGGACGCCAAGGGACGUCUGGUCGACGUGCUGAGGGUGGUUAUGGUGGACGACAACCGCCGGGCCCUGGUGCUAACGUCCCCGGGGCAUUCCAGCGCCGAUCUGACGAAGCGAUUGGAUCCCUUCGUCUUUCCCAUGGACGAGGUAACCCUCACGAACUUUUGCACGGGCGACGGUGAACCAAAAGGCGGCGRCGACCACCGCUCCUUUGUCUUUACGCUGGCCUCRACCCGGUACGAACACGUCCGGAGGGCGGUCCGCGACCAGGCGGGGUUGCCCCUGGCCAAGARCGACAUGGUCUUUCCAGCCAGCGGCUCGGAGGGCGUCGUCUGGAACACCCAGCAAGGCGUGGAGAUCCUGGUGCUCCCGUCGACKGGCCUUCCAUCGAUGGCCUGCGUGGGGUAYACCUUCGUGCUGUUCGGGUCCGGGCCAGCCGCGGCGGCCAUGGGGAGGGAGGCCUGGGGGCGCCUCACCGGGGAGGACAACCCCGAGGGCCCGGUCGAGGUAGGAGCCCUGGAAUACGAGACCCUCCGCAUCGAAGCGGGGACGCCGGCCUACGGGCACGAGUUCGGGAUCGACCGCGAGAAGACUGCGGCAUCGGCAKCGGCAUCCGGGGACGACAAAGGCCAGACGAGAACGAAGGGAAGGGGGGCGGGCCCCGCGAAGGCGAGCAUCAAAACCACCGGGCCCUACGAGCUGCAUCUCGACACGCUGGUAGACCUCGACAAGGGCUGCUACCUGGGACAGGAKGGUGUCGCGUCCGUCCUGAAGAACCCGAGGGGUCCCCCGCGCUCKCUCUACACGGUUGUCUUCGAGGACGAGUUCAACGUCUACGAGCCGCAGUCGAGGGGGGACACGGCGUCGACGGUCGAAAACCUCACGSAGCUCCCCCRGCCCGGCCAGACGCUGUACGCCCUCGGAAGCAACGGGGAACUCAAGGUCGGAACCCUGACCUCCGUGGGGGAAGCCGGAGGGACCGGAAGCCGCUUCACGGCCGGCCUYGCGCUGGUCCGGCGGGCUGGUUCGAUCCGGAAAAAGAUGGACGCGCUCGGCCUGGAAAUACCGAGGGACACGGGCGAYUAUUCGAGCGUGGAUCCCUCCGGUGCCAGCGGCAUCGUCCAGCCUCCUCCUAUGGACCCCCUCGAUGGCCUAGAGGUAAUMAUCGAGGGCACCUUCACCGUGGGAAUUCUGAACGGCAUUCCCAGCCGAAAAUCCGGACGGUUUUCCAACAUGUUCGACGCGGACAUCGAAGUGGAAGGAAUCGAGGAAGAAUCAGAGCCACCACCGGCUUCCGUGGUGGCCACGMCCCCAAGAACCGAAGCUCCACAAGAAAGCUACGGCGUCACUGACGACGUGGACGACGAAGACGACGAGGAAUCCCUGGAACGAAUCGAAKCCGAAAUGGCCAAGGCGGCCGCAGAAGCAGAGACCGCGGCCGCGGAGGCCAAACGAAAGGCCGACAAGAUGGAAGCGCUGAAACAACGCGCCGAGGCAGCCAUGGCUAGGCGGAAGCAAAAGGAGGACGAAACGCGAGAAGCAGAAAACGCUGCUGCCGCCGAAGCGGAACGAAAGGCCGAAAAGAUGGCCCUUCUGAAACAGAGGGCCGAGGAAGCCAUGGCGAGGCGGAAACAAAACAAGGCGCUGGCUUCCGAAGAAAACAAAGAACCARAAGAAGAUCCCGCGGCCGCCGAAGCGAGGCGGAAAGCCGAGAAGAUGGAGAUGCUAAAAAAACGUGCGGAAGAGGCUAUGGCAAGACGRAGGCAGAAAAAGAAAGAGGAAUAACGGUCUCUCGCUACAUUCGACCCCACCCUGUUUGGAACUCAAUGAAAUUUACAUUUUUAU